AUCGACAGAAACUUGUCAUUUGGCAGUCGCUUAGAAGACAAGAUGUCUGACGAGGCUGUCAAGGACGCACAGGCGGCAAUGGACCAGCUGCAUGUCAGCAAUGGCGAUUCAGAGACAGAAGAUGAGCGUGAACGGAGAGAGUUCGCCGAGUGGGCAGAGAAGGAGGGAGUGCCAACCAUGGACCAGCCCUUUAUCCAGAAGUAUCUCGAUGGCAGAGACGCGCUCAUUGCCCAGGAGAAGCAGCGGCGCAGCGAUCACAUUUUCCGAGAAGGCAUGACCCCCAUGCAAAACGAAGCCGCUGCAAUCGUGGCUGCGAUCCGUUUCUCAGAGCAGAAUACGCUGUGGCAGCCAGGCUUUGAAGACGACCUCGCCAAGACGACGGACCAGCCUAUCUAUCCUGGUAUGAUGUUCUCUCUGGCCAAGGAGCGCAUGGAGUCCAGUAAACUAUGGCAAAUUGUGAGGAAGAUGCCGAAAGGCGCGCUACUUCACUGCCAUUUGGACGCCAUGGGCGAUCUCGACUGGCUAGCAGAAACCGCUCUCACAACACCAGGGAUCUGUAUAACGGCUUCGCACUCCAUGCACACUGCACAAAUCCGCACAGAUCACAUGCUACCUUUCAUAUUCAAAUUCGCCAGGAAGGAAUCUCAAUCAGAAGGGCCUCCUAUUUGGUCCGAGUCGUACAAGCCAGAUGAUCUGAUACCUAUCACUGUCGCUGCGGAGAGCUUUCCCGACGGCGGCGUUGAGGGCUUCAAGCAGUGGCUUAAGUCAAGAGUGUCACUGUCGCAAAAGGAUGCUAUCUCGCACCACUUGGGACCUGGCGACAUUUGGGACCGAUUCAAGGCCUGCUUUCCAAUUCUUGUCAGCUUACAUCACUACGAGCCUAUAUUCAGGAAAUUUAUUCGCCUUAUGUUAAAGGGGCUGCACGACGAUGGCGUGAGGUGGGUUGACAUCAGGCACGUUUUCCGUUAUCCAUUCUACAGAGAUGGCUCAGAGACGCCUGAAGAGGACUAUAUGUACUGGUUUGAGGUACUUGAAGAUGAGAUUGAGGCAUUCAAAAAUUCAUCAGAGGGCAGAGGAUUCUGGGGUGCAAGCGUGAUCUGGACUACAAUUCGACAAUUUGGAACCAAAGAUGUUAUUGACGACAUGAAGCAGUGCAUCGAGCACAAGCUCGCGUUCCCGGAUAGCAUCCUGGGCUACGAUUUAGUUGGGCAAGAGGACGCUGGACGGCCAUUGCAAGACCUCUUGCCUGAGUUGUUCUGGUUCAAGAAACGGUGCGCUGAAGAAGGCGUAGACAUUCCAUUCUUCUUCCACGCUGGAGAAACGUUGGGUGAUGGCGACGAAGUAGACGAGAAUUUGUUUGAUGCAGUGAUUUUGGGAACUCGGAGAAUUGGUCAUGGUGUGUCAUUGCAGAAACAUCCGUUACUGAUUGACAUGGUCAAGGAGAAGAAGAUUCUUGUCGAGAGCUGUCCAGUCAGCAACGAAGUUCUGCGGUAUACUGGCAGCAUCAUGUCACAUCACCUGCCCAGCCUUUUGGCACGAGGUGUGCCAUGUGCCCUGGCAAAUGACGAUCCAGCAAUCCUCGGACAUGGCACGAACGGCAUGACGCACGACUUCUGGCAGGCUCUACAAGGCUGGGAGAACUUGGGACUUGCUGGACUGGGCAGCUUGGCAGAGAACAGCGUGCGAUGGGCAAACUACGAAGAGUGUUCGGCCAAGCAAUGGCAGCAAGAAGUCAAGGAGGGCAGUUUCGGCAAGAGCCUACGAGCGAAACGACUGAAGGAGUGGCAGGAAGAAUUCGAAAAGUACUGUCAGUGGAUCGUGUUGGAGUACGGGGCUGAGACAGAUAUGGAUACGUUGGACUAGACGAAGACAUACGAUCAAUGGAUGAUUGGAUGAGAGACGAGAUAUGCAAGACAGGGCAUGGCAGAAUAGAAACGGAACUGUAAAACGUGAAUGCCUAUAUCGUACAGAGGCCACACUGUCGGAAUGGCGG